CUACAUGAUGGUAGAGGUAAAAGUAAGUUAGCUAUUGCUUGCUGCAUACAGGUAUUAACAGGUGGAUGAUAUCUACGUGACAGACACUGUCCUUAGGAUACUCCCAGAGACUACAAGAAAUCUAUUUUACUACAUUAUUUUGUGUAUUACUGUGACAGCACUCAUAGGAAAUAUGCUUGUCGUUAACGCUAUGAGGAACAAGCAAUGCAAGUUUCUUCAGAAGACCUUUAUUAUAAGUUUGGCCAUAGCAGAUAUGUUUACAAUAUGCAUGUUUGCUAUAAAUCAUCUGAGGAUUCUUAGGAAUGAACUUAUGGUUUGGACCCUGGGCCCCUUCAUGUGUGUCUUCAUACCAACAGGACAGGUACUUGGUACAACAGCAAGCUCUGUAGCUCUGUUGGCCAUAGCCUUGGACCGUUAUCAAAAUGUAGUGUAUGCUCUCAGUAAAAGAUGGAAUCCAAGUCCUCGCAUCUGUAUUUCGAUGGCAGUUGGAGUUUACGUGUUAUGUUCAGCUUUAGCGUAUCCGAUGGCUACAAUAUUCGAUUAUCAACCAAUCAAGAUCUACUUCGUCGAUAAGAAAACAGUCGAGGAUGCCUUUAUGUGCGUAGCCACCAAAGAGAAGUUGACCAUUUAUUAUUGCUGUAUAGCUGCAUUAAUCUUCAUGCCCAUUUUGACUAUCUUCGUAUGGUUCUACUAUAACAUAGCCACGCUAGUGUGGAAACACCGAAAGCCAUUGCAUAUGAGAUUCAAGAAGAAACAUCAACGAGAAGAUGAAAGUACAACCACAACAAAAUGUUCGAACACAAACAGUGUACCAACAGUAACCAUGGCACAUACUUUGCAGAAGAAGAAAAAUUUGCAAGUCGAGAGGAAGCUUCGCACUUUCAGAAUAGUAGUGGUGUUAAUGAUAACAUUUGUUAUUUGUCGUUUUCCUUAUUGGUACUAUUACGUGAUGAGGACCAUAUGCAAACUGGCAGGGAAUUUUGUGUGGAGCAUACACUAUACGUUUAUAUCUCUGACAAUGUUGAAUUGCGCAUUGAAUCCCCUUCUGUAUACGUUUCUGAACCAAACCAUCAACGCGUUCAAAACCGUAAAUGAUUUCAUGUGUAAAAUAUGUUGCUGCUGUUUUUCGAAUGCCGAUUUUGAGGAUUUUGAAAAAGAGAAUCCUUUUGCUAGAGAAAACUAUCAACCAGAAUUUCAGAGGGUCGGUAAACCGAAUAAUGACCAGUUCAAUAAACGCUGUGAUAAAAAUAAUAGAACCGAAAAGUACUAAAGUACCAAACAUAAACAAUAUUGCUACUUAUCACUAGCAUAGCUCCAAACCAUCACCAUUUUGUUACUGAUUUAAAAAAUGGGACCAACAGCACUUCCUACGCAACGCCGUGGUCAAGUCAUAGAGGAUUAAGUUCAGCAAAAGUUCAACCCUCUGACAAAAAUAGUUACGAACGUGCAAAAGAUCAGAC